AAUGCAUUUGACCACUUCAAUUUGUAGGAACCAAACAAGUAAAUCCCUAGGAAUUUGCAAAAUUUCGCUGACAUCUUUAACUUCAAUCAAUCCUCUCACAUUAUCCUUUGUAUAGUUAAGGUCUCUAAAAUCCUGGCGCAAGGGCAUGCAUGCCCGGAAGAAGAAAAUGACCAUGGUAACAAAUUACAAGUCAAGGGAAGAACACAGGUGUUGACUUUUUUUUUACAGUGUGCUACGCAUAAACAUGUUGGGUUGCUGUCCCUUUCACUGAAAAAACUUUCCCUUCAUCAUAAACAGUCAAGAAUUGACUGAGAAACCAAAGAUUCUAGAAACAAUCAAAGUGAAAUCAUUUCAUUUUAAUUAGUCCAUAAAGCUGUACUAAUUUUGGAGUCUUGAAUCUAGAUGCUAAUGAUUUCAUUUUCAAAAAUAUACAGCCCGGCCAAUUGCCCGAAUGAACAGACUUCCAUCUUGUUCUAUUGAACGGUGAACUGUUAUGAAAGUUGUAUAUGUGGGUGUCUGUAAAAUCCAGUUUAUCAAAUGAACAGACAACCCUAUUGUUCUGUUGAUCUCUGCCGAGGAGUGGCGAAAAAGUCUUUCUGUGAUUUGGGUAUCAGGAUUGGGUUUUUUGAACGAAGGAAGUUGCUGCUUGUUCUAUUAAUCUGUGCUGAGAAUUCAUAAAAGCCGUCUAUUUGGGUAUUGGUAAAAAGUAUUCCAAGUAAACAGAUUUUUUGCUUGUCCUCCUGAUCUCUGCGGAUAAUCGUUUGAUAAUUUUUUAUUUAGGUAUCAGACAAAAAGCCAUGGGAUCUUUUAAGGGGCACGCUCUUCCUGGAAGCAUGUUUAUAUUGGUUGGGUUGUGGCAUCUUUGGAGUUGUAUAACGAAAUAUGUUUCCAAUCCAAAGUUUCACAGGGUCAGGAUAUGGCAUCCCUUGCCUGGAGUUAGUGGACAUCUCAAGUAUUUGGAGAUAUACUUUAUUAUAAUUGGCUCUUUUGUGGAUAUGAGCAUUGAGUUCUUCUAUUCUACCCACUUGAAAUUUUUUGUUAAUGGGCUUCUAAAUCCAUCACACAUGAAUGAUUUUGAACAUGCAGGCAUGCUCUUGAUGUUCUUCAUUUUUGGAAUUGCCGUGCUGGUCAGUGAGAGAACAAGGUAUCUACCCCUUCCAGAUGGGGCACUAGAACUAAUAGUAGCAACAGCAUUUUGUGCUGAAUAUCUCUUGUUUGCCUUCCAUUCUACUAGUCAUGCUGGUCUUGAAGGUCGCUAUCAUCAACUUUUAGUGCUGCUUGUGGGUCUCUGCAUUAUUUCUGCAGUAUUAGGAGCAGCCUUUCGCACCAGCUUUGUGGUGGAUUUGUUGAGUGGUAUGGCAAUUACAGCGCAGGGUAUAUGGUUUUAUCAGAUUGCUUUUGUAUUGUAUGGUCCAAUGAUUCCAAAUGGAUGCAGACUGAAGGCUGGAGAAAUAUCAUGUCACUCCAGGGAGUCUGAAAUUCGAGGACAAUUCUUGGCAAAUUUUCAACUUAGUAUGAUAGUGCUAUUGCUGAUAGCAGUUGUGGUGUUUUUGUUUGGAUUUGCAGCAUCUCGUGGUGGCCAUUCAAGUUUAUAUAAGUCCAACAAUGAAUCACAAGACACAAAAUUGAAUCAAAAUGGUGUGAAACUACGUGGUUAAGCUUUUAGAAAAUAACAUAUAUGGUUUUGUGGAUGUCAUUGUAUAUACAUCCCUAAGAUCGUUGCCUCCUAGAUGUUCUGUUUCUAUUAUGUAAGAAUUACGAUCUUACCUUGAAAAGCAGAUCAGUUAUUUCAA